UGACAAGGAGAUAAAACAGUGACUGAUCUGUAUGUACAGCUGACAAGAAGAACAGUGAGCUCUCUGCGCCUCAUCAGCACUUCUAGAAACAAUGGAAGUAGUUCUUACCAGACUGAGAGAUUUCUCCUGUAAAGAAACUUCUUUUGAUCACUGUAAAGCAGCAGUGAUGUGCAAGGACCAUUCCUCAUCCCAGGAGGUGUGCAGAGGGAAGCGUAUGGCUGGAGAGGAGGAUGCAGGCCGGCUGGACAUUGAGACUGCACUGGCCUGGCUGAGGAAGGAGCUGAUGGAGAUGCGCUCUCAGGACCAAGCUUUGAUUCGCCAGCUGAUGGAUCUUCAUGACGGCAUUCAGGAACUGAAACAGGAGUGUGCAAAAGCCAUAGAAGAUGAGGAAGAGGAACCUUGUUGAGACUCUGGAAGUGAGGGUGGGGGGAGCAGUAUGUCCUCCUUCUCAGGAGAAAUUAGCUUUUACCCUUCCAUCUACUCCUUUAGCACAUGUAUGAGCCCCGCUCCUCUUGGAGCCUACCUGCCCAAACGGGCCUUUAGUAGACGCAGCUCUGUGCCCUGAAACCUCCAGUUCAGAUCCCAUUUGCUUGAUUAAUACAACAUGUUCCAGCAUGUUACAGUAGUCUUGAGUCUCACAGAAGAACAAAUGAUGAAUUACUUAUGUGAGAAAUUUCAUAAUGUCAUACGGGAUACUGUAUUUAAAACAACUGGAGUAACACAACUGCCAUAUGCUCAGAACAUACUAUAUAGGCUACUAUAAAGUGAAAAAGUAAAACAUU